AUGGAGAACGUGGAGAAGAGCAUUAUACAAAUCCCGGUUCGGGACGGCUCCACCAUUCCUGCGCUACUUUACCAACCAAUCGCUGCUCCGAAAGGAGGUAGCCCGCUCCUUGUUUGUUACCACGGUGGUGGAUGGUGUUUGGGCACUCCAGAAACAGAUGAAUUGAGUUGCGUGAAUGCAGUCCAGCACUUCGGUGCCGUCUGCCUCAGUGUAGACUACCGAGUGGCUCCUGAGCACCCAUUUCCAACACCAAUCAAUGAUUCCUGGGAUGCACUGGAAUGGAUUGCGAACAAUUCAUCCCAACUUCGAGCCAGCCCAUCUCAAGGAUUCCUCGUCCACGGUGAAUCCGCUGGAGCCAACAUUGCCAUCGUUAUCGCAUUGUUGGCACGCGACCGAAAGCUCAACCCUCCGAUCACCGGUGUCUCUGCUUCGGCCCCUGUUGUCUUGUCGCCCGAAAUGGUACCCGACAAGUACAAAGCGGAAUAUCAGAGCCGGACUCAAAACAACGAUGCACCUGUUCUAAGCGGGAACUAUUUGAGCUAUCUCGUUGGUCACUAUAAACCAGACCAGAACUCUCCGCUUUUCAAUUGUUUCAACUGGCCCACUGGUCAUCAUGGCCUUCCUCCGAUCCAUUUCCAGAUCUGUGGACUUGAUCCGUUACGUGACGAGGGUUUGCUUUAUGAGAAGGUGCUCAGAACGGAGUACAACGUUCGUACAAAGCUGACUAUCUAUCCCGGUCUGCCGCACACGUUCUGGUAUUUCUUUCCGGACCUUGAAGUGUCCAAAACUGUUGCGGGGAAUACUACCGCUGGCUUUGAGUGGAUGCUGAACGGGGUUAAGUUGAGAAAGUAG